AUGAUAUCAUCAGUGUUUAGAUCUAGUAAUUGCCGCGUUCCUUCUAUAAUGAGAGUGAUGAUAUCAUUGUAUUGCAGAGUGAGAAACGUGGCAGCUCUAGUGGGUGAAUCUAGUUCAUCAGUUUCCUGGAUAACUAUGAUGUUUGUGACACUAUUGUGGUUAUCAUUUAAAUCGGAUUCUCCAGUGCAUCUGCGUUGGAAAGAAGUGAUUUCCGGAAGUUGUUGUAUCUUCGUUUUCGCUGCUACUCUACCUGAAUCUGUGGUUGUUCCUGCCUCUUGGAUGGCCCAAUCUAUAAUGGCAUCAUGUUUGACUAUGGGAGCCGGCGAUGAGGGGGGCGGAAGUUCCAUGGUUUCCGGGACUGGCGGUGGUGGGAGAAUUGUCAUCUUGCUCUGUUUCUGGAUCUUCUCCCAUAGAGGUUUCACCCCACUUUCGCUUUCCUUCUUGAAUCUGUCGCCGGCGGGUUAG